AUGGGAUGGAAAGGUACCAGACCGCGCUUCUCUGUAGCCUUUUCUGGUGGCGGCAUUCGAGCGGCGACGUUCCAGUCUGGUGUCCUUUGGCAGCUGGCUGAGGCUGGCGUGGUGCAGGACAUCGAGUACAUCGCUGCUGUUUCUGGAGGUGGCUACCUGCUCAGUGCCUUUGCGAGUCACAUCGUUACGCAAGAAAGUCCGACAACUCCCGAUGAGGUCGAUUCUUGGUACAAGCAAGUGGUGGCAAAGACGAUUGUGCGGCUUCAGAGGAACGCUGGGAACUUCGUGCGCGACUGCUUUCGUCUCCCUGGUGUCCCUAUGGACGGCUCAGGCAUCUUUCCUCGUGCUUGCGACCUUCCCUUCCUGAUGAUGAUUUUCUUCGUUACCAUAUGUACAGGACCUUUCCUGUUCAUCACCACGGUUUUGCUUCCAGCGGCAGAGCUUGUGGAAAUUUAUUUCGGAUAUGCCAUGCGCGCAUCGUUUUGCGCUCCUGCCCCUCGGCGUAUCCUUGAGAUGUGGCAUUGGGGCUGGGGGGCAUGGUUUAUUUUCGCGAACUAG